AUGAAGACUCUCUUCGAAACCGUGAAGGAGGACCAUGAGGAGAUGUACGAGUUCCAUGACCAGUACAAGCGUGCCCGAGACCGCGGGGACGUCGAUGCCCAAGGUCGUUGGUCACGCCAACUGGUCUGGGAGGUCGCCCGUCACGCCGUCGGGGAAGAGAUUGUAAUCUACCCCCUGAUGGAGCAACACCUCGGCGAGCAAGGCAAAAAAUUGGCAGACCACGACCGGGAGGAACAUCUGAACGUUAAGAAGCAGUUGUACCACCUUGAAGAGUUGAAGCCUGGUACCGCUGAGUUCCACAGCCUCCUCACCACCGUCAUGGAGUCGCUGCACCACCACAACGACGACGAAGAGAUCAAGGACUUGCCGCUCCUCGAGCCCGCCAUUGGAGAAUCUGCGAGCAUGAAGGCGGCCGCCAGCUUCAAGAGAACGAAGAAGCUCGUCCCUACAAGGCAAGUUCUAGCUUGUGCAUACGGGAAUCGGCCCCAUCCAUCGCUGCCCAAUCAGCCUCCAGUGGAGACCAUCCUUGCCUUCCUUGAAGCACCGAUCGACAAAUUCAAGGACUGGUUUGCUUCAUUCCCGACCGAGGAGGAAAUGGAAGGGGCCCAGAAGGAGCUGAAGCCCCGCGACCAUGAUGCUGCUGCAGGUAGAAGGACGACGAAGGGUGAAGCUUGA